GGGAGCCCUCUCCAGGCAACCCAGUGCUGAUCGCCGGUGCCGGUGCUGCCGUUCCCCCUCCGUAGCGGGAGGCGAGGCUCCGAAGCAGCCCCCUCCUCCUGCUGGGCUCACCCGCCACCCCCUUCCCGGUGGACCUCUGGGCAUGAGCAACGAUGGCGGGCUGCAUCCCUGAGGAGAAAACUUACCGGCGCUUCCUGGAGCUGUUCCUGGGCGAGUUCCGCGGACCGUGCGGCGGCGGCGAGCCAGAGCCCGAACCCGAAUCCGAGCCCGAGCCUGAAGCGGAGCUGGUCGCGGCUGAGGCGGCCGAGGCUUCGGGGGAGGAACCGGGGGAGGACGCUGCGACAGGAGCCGUGGCCGAGGAGGGGGAGCAGGACCAAGACCCCGAGCCCGAAGAGGAGGCGGUGGAGGAGGAGGCGGCGGCCGAGGGCGAGGAGGAGGAGGUGGAGGAAGAAGCGGCGGCCCCGGGGCACUCGGCCGUGCCGCCGCCGCCGCAGCCCCAGCUGCCGCCGCUGCCCCCGCUCCCGCGGCCGCUGUCGGAGCGCAUCACCCGAGAGGAGGUGGAGGGCGAGAGCCUGGACCUGUGCCUGCAGCAGCUCUACAAAUAUAACUGCCCUUCCUUUCUGGCUGCUGCCUUAGCCAGGGCCACCUCAGAUGAAGUCCUCCAGAGUGACCUUUCUGCUCACUAUAUCCCGAAGGAGACGGAGGGCACAGAAGGGACUGUGGAGAUCGAGACAGUGAAACUGGCCCGCUCUGUCUUCAGCAAACUACACGAGAUGUGCUGCAGCUGGGUGAAGGACUUCCCUCUGCGCAGGCGGCCUCAGAUUUAUUAUGAAACGUCAAUCCAUGCCAUCAAAAACAUGCGAAGGAAAAUGGAGGACAAACACGUCUGCAUCCCUGACUUUAACAUGCUCUUCAACUUAGAGGACCAGGAGGAACAAGCUUACUUUGCAGUGUUUGAUGGCCACGGGGGAGUGGAUGCUGCCAUUUAUGCCUCCGUUCACCUACAUGUUAACUUAGUGCGCCAGGAGAUGUUCCCCCAUGAUCCUGCUGAGGCUCUGUGCCGGGCCUUCCGUGUCACGGAUGAGCGGUUUGUGCAGAAGGCAGCCAGGGAGAGCUUGCGAUGCGGGACCACAGGAGUAGUCACUUUUAUCAGAGGCAACAUGCUCCACGUGGCCUGGGUGGGCGAUUCCCAGGUUAUGCUUGUAAGAAAGGGCCAAGCUGUUGAACUAAUGAAACCACACAAACCAGACAGAGAGGAUGAAAAGCAGCGAAUUGAGGCCCUUGGAGGUUGUGUAGUUUGGUUUGGUGCCUGGAGGGUGAAUGGAAGUCUAUCAGUCUCCAGAGCUAUAGGAGAUGCUGAACAUAAGCCAUAUAUCUGUGGAGAUGCAGACUCUGCCUCAACUGUUCUGGAUGGGACUGAAGACUACCUCAUUCUGGCCUGUGAUGGCUUCUAUGAUACAGUGAACCCUGAUGAGGCAGUGAAGGUUGUAUCUGACCACCUGAAGGAGAAUAAUGGAGACAGCAGCAUGGUUGCCCACAAAUUAGUGGCAUCAGCUCGUGAUGCAGGGUCAAGUGAUAACAUCACUGUUAUUGUGGUUUUCCUGAGGGACAUGAACAAAGCUGUAAAUGUUAGUGAGGAAUCAGAUUGGACAGACAACUCUUUUCAAGGAGGGCAAGAAGAUGGUGGGGAUGAUAAGGAGAAUCAUGGAGAGUGCAAACGCCCUUGGCCUCAGCACCAGUGCUCAGCACCAGCCGAUCUAGGCUAUGAGGGGCGUGUGGAUUCAUUCACUGAUAGAACUAGCCUGAGCCCAGGGCCCCAAAUCAACGUGCUGGAAGAUCCAGACUACCUAGAUCUCACACAAAUAGAAGCAAGCAAACCUCACAGUACCCAAUUUUUGCCACCAGUUGAGAUGAUUGGUCCUGGUGCACCAAAGAAAGCAGAUCUUAAUGAGCUAAUAAUGGAGGAAAAAUCAGUCAAGUCUUCAUUGCCUGAACGGAGUGGUGCUGGAGAGUUUCUGGCUUCUUUUAAUUUGGGUUCAACAGGGCAACAGAUAUGCAGAAUGGAGAGCUUGUCUCCUGUCUGUUCUGGGUUGGAAAAUGAACAGUUCAAAUCCCUGGGGAAAACAGCGUCUAGAUUGUACCAUUUACGCCACCACUACUCCAAAAGGCAGCGUGCAUUCAGGUUUAAUCCAAAGUUUUAUUCAUUUCUUUCUGCUCAAGAGCCUUCUCACAAAAUAGGCAUUAGCCUCUCCUCACUUACUCGAAGUGGGAAGAGAAACAAGAUGUUAAGAAGUUCUUUGCCAUGGAGGGAAAAUAGCUGGGAAGGAUAUAGUGGAAACAUGAAGAUUAGAAAGUGUAACGAUAUUCCAUGCCCAGACCUUCCUUGGAGUUAUAAAAUAGAAGACUUUUCUUCAAUGUAGGCUAGCUAGCUCUCUCAAAAAAUACAACUAUAAGAGUAGAAACAAGGUAGACAUUUUUAACGUACAUGUGCUUCAUUAUGAAUCCAUUGAUGGCUCAAUCCUUAAAUGUACAUAGAUCUCUAGGAAAUUCAAAAUAGUGUUUUCAAUCUUAAGAAAAGUAUUGGCGGUUUCACUAGCAAACUCAUACAACUGGUCCCUGUGAUGUGUCUCUACCUACAUACAGCCCCCUCUCCACCAUCCCUUCACGUCACUAGUGGAAGCUUGAAAGUUAUUCCAGUCAGAAUAUAUGGUAUGGAAAUCGCAAGUAUCUGGUCUGAUGUGCCUAAUCUAAAGGAAACAGUGCAGAAUUAAAUUUUGGGGGGAAAUGCUCCUCAAGAUCCCGGGGACCAUGAAGCAUUCCUCCCCAGUUGUUUGGGUGAAUGAAAGAUUAAAGCCACACAGGUCUUAACUGCUGAUCAAGGACUCAGUGACCAGUACCAAAGUGUCAUAUUCUCAGACUUGGGAGGCAGUAUGCAGUAAGAUAACUUGUUCAUUUUUCAUAGAAAAUGAAAAGCAACUAUGAAUAUAUUUAUGAAAAUAUUUCACAAGGUUUUAGUUAUCUGAGAGUUUCAUAACCUGUUAUGGUGCUGUUGGUGGAAUUUUGUUACUCAUUUUAGGAGACCUCUGUCAGCUGGCUGUAACCUAGGAUCCUGUUCUUCAUAGUACCUUCAUCUCAAGAAUAAAAGUGGUUUAAGAGAUGAUGUCAGGUACGACCGAAGACUCAAAUGCCAUUUAAAAGGAGUUGUGAAAAUAGCACUUCUAUAUUUUCUGCUUUUUUUUAAAGUUUACAGACAGCAAAGGCAUAUAUAACUAUAAUAUAAAAUGUAGUUUGAAUAAUGAAAAUGAUAGUUUUAACUUCUCUAAAAUUGUUUUCCCCAAGGGAAUGAAGUAAUUGGUAUAAAGGAGGCUGAGUGUGAACCCAGAGGCCACGUGCACAGGAGAAUGCAGAUUACUGAGGGCCAGGGCUGUUUAGUUAUAAGUGGAAGACGAGCCAGAGUCCAGCUACCCGCUUCAGACUACAGUGACAGGUCAUGUGCUUCUCAUUUCAAUACUUAUAGUUUAUAGUUUUGAAUCAUCUACUUUUUGCCAUUUCUACAGUUUCAAACCAGAAACAUGUCUUCACCGAAAGACAGCAAAAACGCUCUUCGAUUUGUCCAGUGAGGCAGCCUGGUUUAUCUCAGUCAUGAAUGUUCCCAUGUUCCCUACCCCAUCCCCCAUGAGCUAGCCAGGCCAACAGGCAGGAGCAGCCGCUGGAGCGACUGCUCGCACAGUGGAGGCGCCACUAAAGGUUCCUGCUGAGGCACGGCCACCCCAAUCAUAUUCUGUGGAACUCCACAAUUCAUGUUGCUUUCUCCAGACCCACAGAGGAUUAAGAUCCUCAAAUUCCAGAGACAUAGAUGACUAACAUAUCACAGGUAUUGGCAGAGCUACAUCAAACCAUUAAAGACCAAAACCCAGCUUCUCUUCAGCAAUGGUCAAACUAUUAACCUACAGCUUUUAUUUUUCAAAAUGUGAGUCUAAGUGGAGGUUUCCAGUAUUUGUUUUUUGUUGACCUUGGAGUCAUUUAUUCUUCUCUUAGUCUCGUGACCGCUGAGAAGGAAUGAAUAUGGCUCCACCUCAACAGUAUUAGGACUUCAUCAUCUUUCUGAUGCUUGCCCCAUCAAUGGACCAGUCUGUCAUGUCUGUCAUUUUUUGAAGCCCAGAUCAUGCUGACAACCCAUCAGGUGCAGGGCCAGUUUCAAACCAAAUUUCUAAAGAAAAAAAAAAAAAAAAAAAAGCCAGGCAGCAGACAACAGGUGUACAUCAUAUCCCAAAAUAGCUAAGUACAUUUAGAAGAAUUUCUGUGGUUAUCUAUUAGUAAUGUUUUUGAUCAGAAUAAGGAGAAAAAAAAAAUGAGGUGAUAGGUUUUUGAUUAGUGAGGUAAAAAAAUGAGUGGAUGAAGCUAGGGCAAACAGACCCAUUUGGAUUUUGUAGGUCUGACUACACAGCAGUGUUAACUCCAUUUCUCAUAUCAUUAGCUCUCUAGAAAAUAGAGAAAAGUACUCCUAGUGUGGUCAAGUUAAUAAACCAAUAUUGUAAAAACUAACUCAUUUGUUCACAAUGUGCGUAUUUAUAAGGUAGUUAGGUACCAUUUGUACGGUAAGUCCUUUAACAUUCUAUAAUAUUAAAGUAGUGGUUAUUGGCCUGAUACAUGCUGCUGUUGGUUCUAUAAACCAGACGAGAAGCAGUGCUUUGUGAAAUGCAGUGUUAAACCUUAAUGCCACUGGUGAUAGGAAGUAGUUCCCUUCAAUUCAAAUCCUCUGCCCUUAUUUGCUGCUUGCUAAUGUAAGCAAUAAGUAACCCUCUAACUAAUGGUAUCUAUACAUUUCUGUAACUUAUAUUUAAUGAUGGUGUAUCUGGUGACUGUAAAAAUAUUAGACAGAUAUAAAGUAUCUAUAUAAUAUAUAUUAACUGUAAAUGCUGAGGUAUAGUCUGUGAAUUAUGUGUUUUGUACCUCUAUUUCAUUGUGCAAUUUAGUGGUGGUGAAAGUUCAACACUCGAUCCUUAGAGUGGCAGUAUCCCUUUUUCAUUACCAUGAUCUGCAUCAUUUUGUUUGCUUGCUAAACCAGUUUUGUUAUAGUAGGAAAUAGCAAAACAAAUAUAGACAAGAAAGUGUAGUAUCUGAUAGGAAAGCAGACUUCAAGUCACCAACUGAGGUUACUAUUCCUUGUACAUUCACUGUGAGUCUCAAAGGGCAUCAGUCCCUAAUUUCAAAGGUUUCCUUUUUCACUUUUUUUAGGUAUGUACAUUGGAAAGAUAUCUGAGUUUGGCAACAUUACAGCACCAAACACUGGAGCUAUUAAUUUUAUUUAUGUCUGUACAACAGAGGUCAGACAGAAAAACAUGUAUAUACUUUUUCUUUACCUACAAGUGCCAUCCAUUGUCCUUGAAGUAAUACAAUUAGAGUCCAUGUUGCAUUUAAUUUAAGUAGGAGGCACCUUGAAAGUAACAUCUUUUCAAAGGACAAUGUCAGUAACGUCAACACAAAGUCUACUCCUGACCACAUUUAUAGUGGUCCAGCGUCGACACUGCAUUCUCAUGACCACCACACUCCACUGCUAGAACACUGUGCCAGUAGGAAGUGCAACAUCCAGGGGGCAGAUGAACAGGAUGCAGUUCAGUGUUGCAGAGAAGCGGCUUGCUUCAUGUACUUCCUCCCCAUCAAAGGCUUACUGAGGCUUUGUGAGAAAAGGGCCAGAUGAUUUUAAGUUUUCAACCAUUUGCUCACUCAGUGAGCUUUUUCACCUAAGGCUACAAAAGAGGAUACUACAGUUUUGUUGAAUCUUUGGAAAAACUUUUCUUUGGGUCACAAAUUACUAAAAGAUUUUUUUACCUUUCAAAAACAGGAUAAAAGACAAAACCCCCACUCUUCUGUUUUGAUCUAUACAAAGAUGGUUGUUUCUUUAAAACAAACAAUACGCCAGUAUUAUACAGACAAAUAGUACUGAUUUAAAAAAAAAAAACCAACCCACUGUUGCAUCCUCCAGCAGCAUUUGGUCUAGUUAAGCCUGUUUAUUACAUUAACUAGAAACCUGAGCAAGGGCAGGGAGUCCAGUGACCCAGCAGUCGCUCUUGAAAAGGAACUACUCUAUUAUCUUUGAUGUAUUAGAUAAUGCAGAUACAUCAUUGUAAUCUCUCUAGGUGCUCUGUGGUGAGAGACAAGCU